ACGCUGCGGCAGCAGCGCCGGAUGAAGCAGGCAGUACAGUUCAUCCACAAGGACUCCGCGGACCUGCUGCCCCUGGACGGCCUCAAGAAGCUGGGCUCGUCCAAGGACACGCAACCUCAUAACAUUCUACAGAGGCGCCUAAUGGAAACCAACCUGUCUAAGCUCCGAAGCAGCCGUGUCCCUUGGGCCUCUAAGACCAACAAGCUCAAUCAGGCUAAGUUUGAGGGGCUAAAGAAGUCUGAGGAGGAUGACAUGAUUUUGGUUUCUUGCCAGUGUGCUGGAAAGGAUGUGAAGGCCUUGGUUGACACAGGCUGUCAGUAUAAUCUCAUCUCUUCAGCCUGUGUGGAAAGACUGGGACUCAAGGAGCAUGUCAAAUCUCACAAGCAUGAAGGAGAGAAGCUUUCUCUACCCCGGCAUCUGAAAGUAGUGGGCCAGAUUGAACACCUAGUGAUAACACUGGGAUCCCUCCGCCUGGACUGCCCAGUAGCUGUGGUUGAGGACAAUGAGAAAAACUUGUCACUUGGACUUCAGACUCUUCGAUCACUGAAGUGCAUCAUAAACUUGGAUAAGCACCGGCUGAUAAUGGGAAAAACGGACAAAGAAGAAAUUCCUUUUGUGGAGACAGUUUUCUCAAGUGAAGCCAACACUUCAGAAGCAUAAUUACAGCCUGCAGCAUAUCUGCACGUAUGCACACACAACAGGCUGACUGAGAAAACUGGGUUUAAACCAAAUGUAGUAGCACCUUGCUGUGGACCAGGUCUUUCCCUCUACUAGAAGCUCUAGGGCUCUUUCCCACCCAGACCUUUAGUCUGUGCUUGGAGAUCUUGUCUGGUUAUAGCCAUUGUUUUUUACUUCUGUGAUCACUUAAUAUAUAGACCUUUUUGACACUGUCAGGUCUCACUUGUGUCCUAUUUCUCUGCUUCUUUCAGAAAUUUGCUUUUGUCAGGUAUAGAGCCUGUUCUAUUUCAGGUUCUAUUUCCCCACACAUACACUUACUUCUUUUCCAAUAGCUGAAAUGUAUAAUCAACAGGAGCCUUUUACCUCCUUUUAGUUAUUUCAAAAAGGUUUCUUAAACCUUUUUGUUGGCAUGUCAGGUAAGGAUACCUAUAAAGGAAUCACUCCUUCAUUUUGGUUAUGGAAGUGCUUAGAGUAGUCAGAAAAAUAGUCAAGUAUGGGUAUCCCUUUAGAGAUUCCCAAGUUUCCCUUUGGCUCAUAGCUGUAGUUCCUGGAAUAUUUAAUGGAUCCCACUUUGAACCUCACCAUGUUUUACCAACAGUCUCAUCUAAUGUCCAGCUACUGUCCCUACCAGUUUUUAGCUCCAAGUUCCUUAAAGACUAGGAACGUGUUGAACAACUAAGCAGCCAUACUGUAGCCAGUUAUCACUGGGUUGUCCCCAGACUGCCUUCUCAGCUUCUGUAGUGGAAGUGGGAUGCAAAACCACAGCACAGCCACAGUAGAGGAGGCCACAUUUGAAUCUCAGCAGAGGUGAGCCAGGGGCUACAAGCCCUCAGCACUCCCUCUAACCCAAGCCCAUUCUCUUACCCGUGGUGGUCUGCACCUUUCCUCUGAGGUCCCCUCACAUUCCUCCCUUACCUAUGAUGCCACCAUUUUGGCCCAUUUCUUAUUCUAGGACCCAACUGAAAUACUUCACUUCUUCUUCCUUCUCUAAUUGAAUGUUCUGUUCAGCCUUAACUGUUGGCCAUGAUAGGCAUGAUGGAACUCCAUGACCUAGUUUGUCCUUAUUUGGAUUCACUGUAUACCAGGUGAAAUUCUUCGGUAAGAUAUGACUUACUCUGGCCCUUUGAGUUCAGAAUUAUAUGCAUCAGGGGAAUGAUAAGAUGGUCUUUGAGUGAUCUUUCCGGCUGCUGAGAAUCAAUAAAUGAUUUUCUCCUUUGGGAAUAGAAGCAAUUGGGGUGAUCUAAGCUUAAAGUAUCAUAAUCUUACUCAGUGCAGUGAAUCAUUUGAAUUCACUAAUCAAAUAAUUGUUCUCAUAAAGAGCACUGGGUCUUCUCAGGGACUGGCAAGGUAAGCAGAUAAGGUCAGUUCUUCCCAGGAUUCUAGAAUAUUCUCUAUGCAUAGCACAUCUUGCUGAGGGUGUAGGGAGACUGUCUAACCAGUUUACAGUUCUGAAGACAGGUCAUAGCGAGAAGUAACCUAUAGAACUGGCAACCCUUGUAUUACAUAUCUGAUAGCUAUCUGAAAUACAGGUAGUUUGAAAAAUACUGUUUUUGUCAUUUAGUAUUUCAAUGCCUGAUUCAUUUGAGAAACAAAUGUUUUCCAACUUUUCUAUGUCCUUGCCCUGCACAGACCUUACCUGGUAAGAUUUCUUUAUUCUUUAGCUCAAAGUGUCUAUAGAAUUGGUUUCUUGGUGUGUCAGCUGUCCUAACUUUUGUGUAAUAGAACUAUUUUCCAGGCUGGGGACAUGGAGGAGAUGAACUGGAUUCUUUCCUCCUUCUGUUGCCAGGCCUCUGCAUUGGCACUUUAUCUGCUCAAUGUUUCUGGCUGUGUUGGGUUUAAUUGUGAGACUUGUAUAAUAAUAAAGUGAAAUCUUCCCCUCUG